GUGACGCCAUCACCCGGCGCGCUGUUUAGCGUCCACUGAUGUCGUGGCGCUUUGGAGAAAAAACUUGGUGUUUCUUCGGGCCCUGGUUCUGAAGACGCCGUCUGGGGGGCCCGUGGCUCCUUUCUACCCACCUCUCCUUCUGCUUUUUUUCCCUACUGUGGCAGGAUGAGGCGUGCAGGCCUGGGUGAAGGAGUACCUCCAGGCAACUAUGGGAACUAUGGGUAUGCUAACAGUGGGUACAGUGCCUGUGAAGAAGAAAAUGAGAGACUCACUGAAAGUCUGAGAAGCAAAGUAACUGCUAUAAAAUCUCUUUCCAUUGAAAUAGGCCAUGAGGUUAAACAUCAAAAUAAAUUAUUAGCUGAAAUGGAUUCACAGUUUGAUUCUACAACUGGAUUUCUAGACGCACCAGAUAUUUUACAAGACAACAUGUUGGUGUCAGGCUUUGAGAUGAUGCCGUGACUUCCAAGUGGACAUCCCUAUCAGAGAUUGAUUCAGUUUUGAAGAAUUAUUUAACUGUGUACUCUGUGCCAACUGUGUGACAUCAGAGCUCAGGGAAGACUCAAAAAUCAUUGUCAAUAAUUAAAAUUGCAAAAGGAAGAACAGAAGGCCAAAGAAAAAUGACUAGAAGAUGGAAACAAGAGAACCAACAAUGGGAAUAAAUGAAAUAUCAAAGCCUUGGGAAAACCAGUGAUGGCAAGUGGGGGAUGGAUUUCAAGAUUAAGGUUUGGCUGUUAUAUGACAGUCUUUGUAAAGUAUUAAAACACUAUUUAAAUGUUAGAUAUUAUCAAGGAGGUGGGGAUUUCAGGAAAUGGGGUUUGGGGGCGAUGUAAAAGUGAUUCUCAUCACUGCACUGUCCAUUUCUUAUUUUACAAUGCUUUCUAAAAACUGCCUAAAACAGGUUGGCUGAGAUUCCUGGCAGGCAGCAGACUUCUCUGGAAGGGCCUGUCCCUGCCCCCUCAGAGAUUCUUCUGGCAGCACCAUUUCUUCCUUUUGUUUGGAAACCCCUAGCAAAAAGUACUCCCAGAAAUACAAUUGGGGGAACACCUCAAAUAUGGAAAAGUUUUAGCCCUUCAUAAUCCUUCACAAGCCCAUUGCUAACUCUAUAGUACUUUAUUGCUAUAGGUGUCUGGGAAGUUGAUUAUAACAAUUCAGGCAAAAUAUUCACAUAGUUUUUAUUCGGACAGUGUAAGACUUUCAGAUAUUUGGGUGGUGGGUGACACACUAUAUAUUCUAUAUUUUAAAGGGUGGAGAAAAUUGAGGAAGCAAUUUAUAAAAAUCCCAAAUGUCCACAUUUUUCUGCCAAGUAUCUAGUCACUUCAUUUCAGUAUGAGUUGGUCCUUGGAAGUAUGCUAACACAUUUGCACAGAAAAGAAAGCACUACUUACCUGCACCAUCCCCUUUGGAUACAAGGUGUAGGUCUCUACAAUGAGGAGAGGGAGAAUUACACAUAUUAUUGAUAGAAUUUAAAUUGGCAUGCAAAUUAAUUCUUGGAUACUACUGGAACAGAGAAUAGUCGUUAAAUCUAAAACAAAUAUGCACCAUCUUAAACAUCAGAAUUCUGGAGCAGAAAACCCAGCACCUGCAUCCAUAGAAAGCUGGUUCUAUAAAAUAAACUAGUUGUCCUAUUUUUUCAA